GCACGCACGAGCAGCGAUAAGUAUGAGAAAGCGGGGUGAGUUCAGCUGAAGGAUUUUUAUCUCGACUUUUUCGACCUCAACGUGGAAUAAACCGUCUUCAGUGUCUUCAAAACUAUGGACAGAUGAUCGGCACUCGGCAUGCUAGAAGCACAGCUGCUCCUGGAAAAAGUGGGUUCCAUGCCUCUUAAAUGCAGUAUUUGGUCAAACUUCAUUUUUCUGCUGGUCUUGGCUACUGCAACACCUGCCAACAGGGCAGGGCAAGACGACAAAAUAUGCACAAUCCACUCAAGCAAGGAGGUCCUCAUGGGCUCCAGCUUCCAGAUCUACUGCGUCUUCAAAAAUGAAUGCAACAAAAUCAUCUACCGAGACAAUGUGCCUUUGCCUUACAACAGCUCUAAUCUAACUGCCGUGAUGAACAUUGUGAAAUUGACGCAGGCCACCACCUUCACCUGCAGGUGCAAGGACCGUCCAGAGCCCUGUGGGAUGGACAUCACUCCAGGGUAUCCACCCCAAGCCCCACAGAACCUUUCGUGUGUGCAAGAAGGAGAACUUGGCAAGGUGAACUGCACAUGGAAAACAGGAUUGGAAACACACAUCCAAACCACAUCCCAUCUGUGGGUGCAAGGGGAUCCUCCUGUAAAUUAUACAAGUAAAACCGCUUCAACUUUGUUUGCCGUUCCAUCCACACAGACUAAACUUACAGUUCGGGCCACAGCCAUCAACAGUCUGGGCUCAGCUACUUCGGCUGCACUCACCUUCAUGCUCAAUGACAUAGUAAAGCCUUUAAAGCCGAAUAUUGUGAAAGUUAAAUGCAACUCAAGAGAUUGCCAACUUUACACAGACAAAAGACAAAACAUUCAUCUGGUGGACAUCAGGUACAAAACGGAUCAGGAGAGCUGGAAUUCUGCUUCGUUUAAUCAUGCAAAUUCAAGCACAUACUGGAACAUAACGUCGCUGACUCCAUACAGCCUGUAUACAUUCCAGGUCAGGUGGAAACUUGGCCCCUCAAGAGGGCUGUGGAGUGAGUGGAGUGAGGCUAAGGAAAUGACUGAUGAAGAAGCUCCUGCUGUAAUGGUUGAUGCUUGGUAUUUUGGAGACAGCAAAAACACACAUUUAUUGUGGAAGGAGCUGAGCAAAUCGGAAGCAAGUGGAAAAAUUCUGGGGUAUAAUGUGACUGAGUUGGAUGAAAGGAAAAAAAUCAGCAGUACCUUCAUCAAACAUCCUUGCAGAAAUUACAGUGUGCGGUGCUCCAUCUGUACUGUGUCCAUCUUUGCCAAAAACUCAAAGGGGCACUCUCCGACCAGGCGUAUUCAGCUGCAGCCUAUAGGUUCACUUCGAUAUACUGUUUCACACCAGAUUCUGAAUGACUCCUCUAUCGCCCUCUCCUGGCAGAGACCUAACAAUGCACCGGAAGAGUACCUGGUGGAGUGGUACCCUGUAGAACGUAAAGAGCAGCUACAGUGGAUCAGAGUGGAGCGCCACCUGCACACCACAAAUAUUACAGGUUUGCAGCCUGCUAAAUGCUAUGAUGUUGCAGUAGUUUAUCUGUUCUCAUCUGGGACAAGAAAGGUUGUCUUCAGUGGUCUCUCAACACAGCAAUCAGUUCCACAACAGGGCCCCGAAUGUGAUGCCACAGUGAAAAAUUACAGUGUGGAGGUAAAAUGGGAAGACAUUCCCCUAGAGAGGAGAGGUGGCUGUCUGACAAAUUACACCAUCUACCUGCGGGAUUCAGGGGACAAAAUUAAACGUUAUAGUAUCGGUAAGCCCUCCGAGAAAAAGUUCACUAUUAGUGACCUUUCCCCGGGACAGCAAUACAAGCUCUGGGUCACAGCCUGGACCAAAGCAGGAGAGGGACCCAAAGGAAGAGAGCGCAACAUUGCAACACCACCAGAAAUGAUGUCGGCUGAAAAACCCAUGGCUCUGGUUGUGUCAGUUGGUGGUGUUGUUUUCCUGGCCUGUCUUUUUUUCCUUUGCAUCUGUCACUUUUCGUCAGUGCACAGAAGGUUUUCACGCUGUUGUCACUGCCUAAUGCCUAGCAUUGUUCCAGAUCCUGCCAAUAGCAAAUGGGCAAAAGAGUGUGCAAGUGAAAAGGGUGAGAUGAAACUGCAGCUGUACCUCAGUGACUCCAGUAUGAGUGAGGAGGAGCCAGAUACUGUGGAAGUGCAGGAACUUCCACAGGAAAAAUUCAAGCAAGAAAACAUCCCCAAAGAUGGAACAUAUCACUCAGUCAGCAACCUCAGCGUGCAAGAGCAGGAGCUGGAACAAGAACAGGAACAGAAGCACCACAUUCCAUCAUCACUCUAUCAGGCUACCACAACCAGCUCAUACCUCAAAAGCUUAUCUCAUGAGUCGGGCUCCUCCGACACCACUCAGGCCUCCAGGGGCACCGAUAUGACUGUGGACUACAUUUCUUCUCAUGGUGUGUUGAGUGGAGAUGAAGAUGAAGAAGUUGAUGAUGAAAACUUUUUUCCCUGUCCAACGAGUCCUUUUCUGUCCCCUCUGAUGUCUAUUGGAGGAAAAUUGACUCUGGACACAGUAAAAAUAGACUGCAGUGAUUUCUUGGAUUUCACGUGAAGUUAUUUUUCUUCAGUGUAAACCACUAAACUGAUCAUCUACUGACUGAUGUGUGUCUGUAAUGUCUUUACUAGAGCAGGGUAUCACCAGUAAUUUUUCCAAAUCGACUUGAUUAGUUUUAGAGUUGAUUUAUAUGCUCGAUAUUUCAGUUAAAAUAACAAGGUUGGUUAAAACAAACUUACCAAUCUAAAAAAAAAAAUCUUACACAUUGGCCCCACCACUUAGCCCUACUCCUGUGUUUUGCCUGUGAACGCAUAGGGAUAGGAAGUUCCAAUUCUUGUUAGGGUAGAGGGGUAGGGGGAAGUGUUAGGGUUACAAACUGAGGUUUGACAGAGGCACACUUCAAAAAGAGUACUUAAAAAAACAAGUAUUUUCCUUUUAAACAAAUUAUGAUUAUUAAUAGCUAUAUAACCAUAGUGUAAUAUGUAGUUUCAAUACAAUGUCUCAUUGGCAAUUUUCUUCAUAACAAGCAUACAAAAUUGUUAGUAGUUCAUCUCAAUAGCUAAACUAGCUAACUUUCCUGUUCCACCUUAAGGAAUGGACAAUAGUAAUAAAAUGCUGCACCACAUGUCCCCUCUCUGAUGACAUACAAUGCCCUAAAGUUAACUUCAACCUGCAGACCACUGCUUGUGGCCUGGUAAUGAAGCAGUAUAAAUUAUAUAUUAUUUAUUGGCAAAUGUCAAACCCUUGAAGGGUUGUCCCAAUUCUUAUGGGAGGAUUUCACCACUUCCUCUUGUAACUUUUCCAAUGGGAAGAAUUACACUCAAAGACAGGGGUUAGAGGUACAAAAGAGAAAUGGGACUGGGCCUUAGUGUUGGGGCUUUAAUAAAUCAAGUAAAAACAAAAUUACAAAGAUUGCCACUUGGAAUCAUUAAACAAUUAGCCUUGCUCUCUGAGUAGUAGAUGGUACUUCUUGCCAUCUUCCUGCCAGCUUGCACAGGCAGCUGUUGUAUUGAAGGUGGAAAAGCACACUUUCUGCAAAAAUAUACACGUUUAUAUGAUUCAAUGUUAGAGCAUUUAGAUUUUUGUAACUCAGCCUUAUUUUUUACACAUCAUAAUCGAAUGUUUUUAUCAGCCAAGAUGACACCAUUUUUUAUCCAGUAUCUUAAUGCUUUAAAGUGAAUGUUUCAAACUAAGCCACUGCAACACUAGCAAAACACUUCAGUAUAAACCUACACUGUUUCAUACUGUCAUACUUUACAUUGAGAAGGCAAGAAGACUGUAUUUCAUCAUCCCAGAAUAAUCCAUGCUGUGAAUCACAUCAUGGUUUGGCUUGUAAAUUAAGACCAAUGUACCUCAGUUGUGUUUUAUUGUAUUGUAAAUUGUACAUAUUAGAUUAAAAUAACAGGUUUGUUAUUGGUUCUGUGAA